CCCGCUUCACUGUGAACACAUAUAUACCAUUACUAAAGUCCAAAGAGUAAACUAAUAUUAGCUGAGAAUCAGAUUAUUAUUGGUCUUUAUGAAAUACAUACACACUGUUCAUAUUCUUAGAAUGUUAUAAAUAAAUAACUUAGUUAUCAGUGAAAAUGGCUGGUCAUAUGCAUAUGCCUAGAUUUAAAGAGAAAAUCAUAAUAGUAUUUUCCCUCUUACUAUUUUUUGUAUGUGUAUCAUACUUAUAUUUGAGUUAUUUACAAAACAGUUAUUACAUUAAUUCGAACGGUGAACGCUGUGUUUCUGAACUGACAUCUCUAAAAUAUCAAUUAAACGUGGUUACAGAAUACAAGAAUCGUUUGGACAAGCUUCUAUCAGAGACGCAAAAGGCCCAUGAAAUAGAGAAAACAAAGUUUAAGGACAUAAUGGAAAGCUGCGUUGCGAUGAAACAACAGUCUUCUAUUUGUCAGAAUCAGUUUGAAGAUCUGCAGGCGGAAUGUAAAAGAGUGAAACAAAAUUACGAUCUUGUUUCGAGGGAACUCCAGAAACUGAAGACUGUAAGAUAGAUUUAAUCUUCGAAUUUGAAUUCGACAAUAUCAUUGGUUUUCCAAAGACGUAAUUUUGCCAAAAACACAUUAAAAGUAUAAGUAGGUAUAAUAGCAAAUAUGUCACUUUAAAGUUUUUUGUAGAAGCAACUUCUUGUAGGUACCUUAAAAACAUUAUUAAGUAUAACAUGUAUAAAUAAUGUUUAAAUUAAGUUUUUAUUGUUGAGAAUGAGAUGUGACAUUAUUAUUUGUAUUUAUUAAUUUAGGAUGGGCUUACCCUCCUACUUUUGUUAAUGUCUCGACUCAAGCUUUAACUCAUUUUAAUUUAUUUCGUUAAUACCUAAUAUUUUUUCUGAUGCUUCUGUUUAGUAUUUUUAUGAUAUUAGCAUAUUAAGAAAAAACUUAGAAAAAGUGAUUUAAACGUGCUAUUCAGAUGCUUAAUAAUUUUGCUAACAAAACAUUGCAUAGUUGAACAAUUGACCACCAUAAAAGAAUUUUCAACUUCGAAAACAGAACAAAAUACUUUGGCUAAUGGCUAUGUUGUUUAAUGAAACUAACAUUUUUCCUUUACUAAAUAUGGUCUUUAUGAGGUCAAUUUCCUUAAUGAGUACGUCGCACGUAAUAAAAGCGUGAAAUUUCAUUUGUGUUCAUUAGCUGAUAGGAUAGUACCUUACGUAUAGUCUGGCCUUAAGGUGUUAACUAUAAACAUAAAAAUGGGAAUGUCGCAAUCGUUUGAAAUGUAUACAUUUGCAUUAUUACUAGUGGUAGUGAAGCACGUUGCUAAGGCCCGACGACGUAUAUUUCAGUCGUGAUAGUUUUUCUUUGAAAGAUAAGAAACCUUGUAUACUAAUUGAUUCGAGAAUUUUCUAUCUCGAAGUGGGCAACCACAUCCAGGUAAAUAUAUCAGGAAAGGGUGACUUCAAAGACGACAGAAA